CCAUGGUGGUUGCCUUCCAUUGUUUCUUAUUUGUGCUACUUUCUCUCUCUAAAACUGCAUUGUCAGAAAGAUGCCACCCAAAUGACAAAAAAGCCCUCCUGAAAAUCAAGAAAGACCUCAACUACCCCCACCACUUCAUCUCGUGGGACGCAAAAACCGACUGCUGCAUCGACUGGAAAGCGGUGGGGUGCGACGAUAAAACCCACCGCAUCACCCAAUUCUACGCCGCAUACGCCGAUCUCAACCUCCCCAUCCCGGCGGCGAUCGGAGACCUCCCGUUUCUCGAGUACCUCAAGUUUCACAAAUCCGGGGUCACCGGAGAAAUCCCGGAAUCCAUAACAAAGCUUUCUCACCUUCAGUUUCUCGAUCUCCGGUGGAAUUAUCUUACAGGCCCUGUUCCUUCAUUCCUCGGCAAACUCAAGAAACUGACGUACAUUGCGUUGUCGUUCAACAAUCUCACCGGCUCGAUUCCAGCUUCACUUUCCGAGAUCCAGAACCUUGGAAGACUCCGUUUGGAUCGGAACAAGCUCACCGGAGGAAUCCCGGAGUCGUUUGCCGAUUUCCGGCAGCAGGAUUUCUCUCUCUACUUGUCCCAUAAUCAGCUGACGGGGAAUAUUCCGGCGAAGCUGGGAUAUGCUAAUUUUACGUGGAUCGAUGUUUCUAGAAACAGGCUUCAAGGUGACGUGUCGUUCUUGUUCGGGAAGAACAAGAGUUUAGGAGUGGCUGAUUUUUCGAGGAAUAUGUUGGAGUUCGAUUUGUCCGAGGUGGAGUUUCCGGCGAGUUUGACGGAUCUGGAUUUGAAUCAUAACAGGAUUACGGGCAGCCUGCCCGAGGGAUUGGCUGAGUUGGGCAGCACUCUUAACUCGCUCAACGUGAGUUACAAUCGGCUUUGCGGUAGGAUUCCGGCGGGUGGCAGGUUGCCGGAUUUUGAUUAUACGGCGUAUUUUCAUAACAGAUGUCUGUGCGGUGCUCCUUUGCCAAAAUGCAAAUGAUUUAUUUCUGUAUUCUGUUUGCAAAUAUUUUUAAAUGGGUAAA